UUGUUGUUCCGCCGGAGUUCGGACGUGUUGUUUUAUUUUGACUUGCUGCGGGUGUGAAACGUAUAUAAAACACAAACGUACCAAGAGUCCAACGUAUUAAUAAACCAAAACUGUUGUUAAUUGUUGAUCAGUUGCCUUGCACAAGUCCCGCUUGGACACUUUCACAAUAAACUACUCUCGCACAGUUUCCGAGCUUUCAACAACAACAGCAGCAACGUGUAGUGUAAUUGUUAGCCAAAGAGAGCGAUGCAUAAUAUUUAAUGUCUAUGUAAAUAAUAGUGCAACGACGACUAGCAGACAAUUCACAACGAAAUCACACACAUAUACACAAUAAACACAGGCAUUAAGGCAGUUUCCAGGAGUUGGAGGCCAGGGCUGGGUUACUGUUAUUACGCAGACCAAACAGAGAGGGCGUGCGAGUGCGAGUGAGCGAGCAGAGAGCAGCAGGGUUGCAACGCAGGAUAAAUAACCAAAUAGCAACAAAGUAUCAAAUAAUUUUAUAGUUUUUUUUUUUCGAGUGCUCCCACGUGAGUGUGUGUGUGCAAGUGCGUAGGCGAGUCUAACGUAUCAAAAAAAAAAAGCUGUGCGUGUGUGUGUAAAACAGAGAAGAAAAAAAUGGCUCCAGCGUUGAGUAAAUUGGCGCACAAUCAAAGCGCCAUCGUCGGCGUGGCGGGGAUGACGGCAGCGUUAUGGAUAAUCGCAUACGGCAAAAUGUCCAACAAAAAAAGGAAAUCAGGCUAUGAAGACAAAAUUCAAUACACGAUCGCGGAGAAGAAGGACAAAAAGUCGAAUAAGGCGCAUGUGAAUUCAGUAUUCUUCAAACAGCUGCGAGAGCUGUUGCCCAUACUUGUGCCCAGAUUCUGGUGCAUGGAGACGGGUCUGUUGAUGCUGAUUGCUGUCACAUUAAUUGGACGCUCGGUCAGCGACAUUUGGAUGAUUCAAAAUGCCACCGUUGUGGAGAGCACAAUCAUACACAUGAAUCGUGCCAAGUUCAAGACGGCGCUACUCAAAUAUCUUGCUGCCCUGCCAGCGAUUUCCGUGGUUACCAAUGUGCUGAAAUGGAGUUUGGGCGAACUGAAGUUGCGUUUCCGCACCAAUCUGACGCAUCAUCUGUACAGUCAAUACCUCAACGGUUACACGUACUACAAAAUGUCGAAUUUGGAUAACCGAAUAGCCAACGCCGAUCAGCUGCUGACCACGGACAUUGACAAGUUCUGCGAGAGCGCCACGGAGUUGUAUUCGAACAUCAGUAAGCCGGUGCUGGACAUCUUUAUCUACGUUUAUCGAUUGACUGUGAAUCUGGGCGGCAAAACGCCAUCGAUACUGAUGCUUUAUCUGCUCUUCGCUGGCAUUUUCCUCACCCGGCUGCGUCGUCCAACGGGUCGUCUGACCGUCGAGGAGCAGAAGCUAGAAGGUGAAUUCCGUUAUGUGAACAGCAGGCUGAUCACCAACUCCGAGGAGGUGGCCUUCUACCAAGGCAAUGUGCGUGAGAAGCUCACGCUCUUGGCCAGCUACUCGAAGCUGCGUUCGCAUCUGCGCAAAUUCCUCGAAUUCCGUGUUAGCAUGGGCAUCGUGGACAACAUUGUGGGCAAAUACUUUGCAUCGAUUGUGGGCUUCUAUGCGGUGUCGAUACCAUUCUUCACCAAGAAUCAUCCGCUGUUGUCCGGCGAGCAGAGCGGUCAACGUCUGCAGGCCUAUUACACUUACGGUCGCAUGCUGAUCAAGCUGGCCGAGGCCAUCGGACGUCUGGUGUUGGCCGGACGUGAGAUGUCCCGCUUGGCUGGCUUCACGGCACGCAUGACCGAGCUGAUUAAGGUGCUCGGCGAUCUCAAUAAGGGCACCUACGAGCGCACCAUGGUCAAUGGCAACAGCCUGACGCCGAAUGGCGAUGGCGAUGCCUCCGCCGCCGCUGGCAGCUUUGGUCCCAACAAGGGCAUCAUGUGCUUCGAGGACAAUAUCAUCCGGUUCGAGAAGGUGCCGCUGGUCACUCCCAAUGGCGAUGUGCUGCUCAAGGAGCUCACCUUCGAAGUCAAGUCUGGCACCAAUGUGCUGGUCUGUGGUCCCAAUGGCUGUGGCAAAUCAUCGCUGUUCCGCAUUCUCGGCGAACUGUGGCCCACGUGGGGUGGCAAGGUCACGAAGCCGUCGCGCGGCAAGCUCUUCUACAUUCCACAAAGGCCCUACAUGACGCUCGGCAGUUUGCGUGAUCAGAUCAUCUAUCCGCAUACACGCGACGAUAUGCGCCGUCUGGGGCGCUCCGAUGAGGAUCUGCUGCACUUCCUGGACAUUGUGCAGCUGACGUAUCUGGAGCAGAGGGAGAAUGGCCUCGAUGCGAUCGAGGACUGGAUUGAUGUGUUGUCCGGCGGGGAGAAGCAGCGCAUCGCGAUGGCCCGACUCUUCUAUCACAAGCCGCAGUUUGCGAUCCUCGAUGAGUGCACCAGCGCCGUGUCGGUGGAUGUCGAGGGCAAGAUGUAUAGCUAUUGCCGUGAGGCGGGCAUUACGCUCUUUACGGUGUCGCAUCGCAAAUCGUUGUGGGUGCAUCACGAUUACUAUCUGCAGUUCGAUGGCCGUGGCAACUACGAGUUCGAGACCAUCGAUCAGGACAAGGAGCACUUUGGAUCGUAAGCAGUUGCAGCAGCAAAAACGCAAGCAAUCAAGUCAACUUCAGGAGCCUUCAAGCGAUCAUUGAGCACAACACAAACACAAACACAAGAGAACUAACAAUAAUCGGGUCAAACAGAAGCUGUAGCUUUUAUAUAUAUAUAUUAUGUAUAUGUAUGUGGGGAAAAUCGAGCUCUGUCUGUGUGAUGAUGAUGAUGAUGAUGCGUUGUCGAUUCCUUCCAUUCGUAGCGUAGUGUAACUUCCUUAAUUCUGCUUCCUAUUCUUUCACUCUCUCGCGCUGUCUCGCUCGUUCUGGUGCACUGUACAUAUAUACAUAUAUAUCUAUAUAUACUAUAUAUAUUUUGACGAUGAUUAUGUUAAAAUACACUUUAUUUGUAGGCAGAUACUUUAUGAUGAUGAUCAUGUUAAAUACCUGCAGCCAUUCCAGUUUCAUAUUUGAUUUUCGUGACAGUGUUUUACUUGUACUUUUAUGUUUAUACUAAACAGAUAUAUACUAUAUAUAUGUAUGUAUAUAUUUGUACUGCUGCGCUUUCGCUUUUCGAUUCUUAAACGUUCGUUCGUUCGACGUAGCUGGUGUUAGUUAUUUAAGAGCCUAAAAUAAAACGAUGAUGACUUGCGAUAAACGUCAAUCAAUUAUCAAUUAUCUAGCAAACAUUUAGUAAAUUUAUAAACCCAACACACACACACACACACCCAUGUAUAUGCAAUACUUUGUAAUUUAUAUUUAAUAUACAUUAUCCUCCCUUAUAUAUAU